AUGGACCAGGCCCAGCGCCCCUUGCCACGUGCGGCGGGCGCCCGGCUGUACCAGGCUGUGUCGGGGAUGAGUGCCGCCGGGUGGCUGGGGGCGGGCGGGGAGCUGGAGGGCAGCCUGGCGCGGGCCGCCGCGCUGCUGUGCGCGCUGCGCGGCGCCGCCAGCCUGCCCCAGUACCUGCAGAUGCUGGCCCCCGGGGGCGGCGGCGGCGGGCCCUGCACCCGCGUGUGGACCGCCGGCACCAUUGCCUACAGGUGCCACACCUGCGGCCUGUCGCCCUCCGCCGCCAUCUGCGUCGACUGCUUCAGGGCCUCUGAGCACGAGGGGCACGACUUUGUGAUGUACACCUCAGGCGGGCCUGUCGGCGAGGGCCGCGGCGCCGCCCCCGCGCCCGCCCUGCCCGCCGCCGACGAGGCGGUGGCGAGCGGCGUAGUGGGGUGCUGCCUGGCCAGGCUGCAGCUGGCACUGGAAGGCUGCCUGAGGCCGGAGGGCAGCCCCGCGCCUGCCGGUGCCCCCAGCCCCGCCCAGGAGCACUCCGCUGCGCUGCGCCUGAUGGGCUGGCUGGGGCAGCUGGGGCAGCAGCCCGCGCUGCGCCAAGUGGUGUGCGACCAGCUGAUGCAGCCGGCGACGGCGGCGGCGGCCGCGGCGGCGGGCAGCCUGGCAGCUACUGAGCAACUGCCAGCGGAGGCCGCCUCCGUGGCGCGCAUGCUGCAGCAGCAGCGCGAGCAGCUGCUGCAGCGGCUGGAGGAGACCCUGCCCACGCCUGACGGGCGGCCGGGCCGGCCGCUGCCGCAGCUGGGCCCCGCCCCGCAGCCGCUGCUCUACUGGCUGCUGUCGGCGCUGCUGCCGCUGGAUGGCUCGCUGGUGGAGAUCCGGCAGCGGCUGUGGGUGCGCAACGGCCAGCAGCUGCUGCGCCUGGAGGCCUUCUACAGCAGCCCCUACUGGAGCGACCACGGCCUGGACUGCGACCUGCUGGCGGUGCAGGCGUGGCUGGCCUCCACCCCCGACGUGGGCUCGGCCCUGGGCUUCUUCGUCUACAACAGCGGCGCCGCCGUGGUGCUGCGCUGCAACGGCAAGGCGGACGCGGCGGCGGCGGCGGCGGUGCUGCAGGACCCGCGGCGGCCGCCCGAGAUGCUGCGCCUGUGCGCCGACUGGCUGCGCCUGCUGGUCCAGGUGCUGCGGGAGCGCGCCUGCUGGCACCCCACCUACUCGCCGCUGGCGCUGCGCCGCGCGCUGGUGCACACGCUGGCAGCAGGCGCGCCGCUGCUGCUGCCGCUGGCGGGUCCCCGCAGGCACAGCGAGGCCCUGGCAGAGGUGGCCGACUACCGCCCGCCCACCGCCGCCUCCACGGGGGAGUACAGCCUCAGGAGCGAGUGCUGGCGUGAGUUCGACCCUUUCUACCUUCACUACACGCCGCGCCAGCUCCAGUCGGCGCUGCACACCGCACAGGAGGGCAGCGUGUGGCAGCCGCAGUGGCAGCUGCAGCUUGGCAUCCCAGCGCUGCCUCCCCCCAUGGCGAGCCUGCAGCGUGUGACAAACCACGUGCUGAGAUUGGUGUGGACUGCACUGCUGGCUGCCUGUGUCAACUCCGGCGGAGGCGGCGGCGGCGGUGCGGCAGAGGACUGCGCUCUGGCCGCCGUCAGCCUGCUGUCACUGGCUCUGCAGUGCAAGGCGGUCGGGUUGGCAGCACUGAUACGCGGCAGCGAGAGGGGGGGCGCCGAGUCCUCAGCAGCAGCAGCAGCAGCAGCAGAUCCGCUGCUGCCGGCGGCUUGGGCCACGCCUGCCGGCUUCCUGCAAAAGUGCGAGGAGCACCUGGCAGGCAGCUCGCGCCAGCAGGUGGGCAUCAUCUAUCUGCUGCAGGUGCUGGCUGGCAGCGAGCCCUGGGUGCUAGAUGGCAGCCGGCAGGAGGGCUCUUGGGAGCUGAAGGCCUGUGCCACCGCUGCGGCAGCCGAAGCACAGCAGCUGCUGCAGGCAGCGCGGCAGAAUCUUGGCGCUCAGCAGGCAGCAGAGGCUGGCACAGCCGGGCAAGCAGCAGACGCUGCCGGGGAGGCUGCACCCUCGCGGGCGCCAGUCCCAGAAGCAGCUGAUGCCGCUGAUGUCGACGCAUCAGAGCAGCAAGAGCAGAGCUUGCGCAAGCAGCCGGGAAAGCAGCGCCAACAGCAAAUGCUGGCCCGCAUGCGGGCGCAGCAGGCCAAGGCCGCCGCAGCGCUUUUAGAUGAGGAGACGGAGUGCGAGCCUCAACAGCCAGCGGCUGCAGCUCAGGCCGAGCCAGCAGAGCCUAUGGAUGUUGAUGCAGCAGGCAGCCAGGCCCCAGCUGCGGCAGCAGCAGCAGACAGGAGGCUGCCAGCACACCACCCUGCGGCCUGGGAGGCGCACCGGGCGGAGUGCGUGCUGUGCCACACCGGCAGCGAGACGGCGCCGCUGGGGCUGGUGGCGCAGCUGCAGGUGACCGUGUUGCCAGUGCUGGCCUCUGCAGAUCCAGCAGCGCCUCUCACGCCAGAACAUCCAGGUCAGCCAGCCGGGUCCAUCUUUGCAGCUGCAACUGACAGCUCUGCAGCCUCAGAGGAGGCUGGCGGAGCGGCAGUCUUCCCGGCCGGCGGCGCUGGCCCCCGGCUGUCGGUGUUUGACCGCCAGCCCUCCAUGCACUUGCUGUGCUGCGGGCACAUCAUGCAUGCAUCCUGCCUGGAGCGGUACAGAUCUAGCUGGCGCCAGCGCAUCGCUUCUGGCCAGUUUGUGGAGGGCUUCCAACUGCUGGAGUCCUCGGCCUCGGCAGGCGAGUACCUGUGCCCCAUCUGCCGCCGCUUGGGCAACUGCCUGCUUCCCCUGGCAGUGCCACUCACCACUGAUGGCGGCUUUCUGCAGCCAGCAGCCGCCCAACAGCAGCAAGCGCAGCCGCCACCCAGCGCCCAGCAGGCGGUGCAGCAAACGGCGCUGCAGCAGCUGCUGCAGCAGGCGGGUGGUGAGGGCGGCCCUGCAGCCACGGAGGAGGCAAUGGAUGCCUUUGCCCAGGCUGCUGCUGCAAUGGUGGUUUUGGUUGGCCCAGAGGACGAGCAGCUCGCGGAGGAUGGCAGCUCUGAGGAAGAGCAGGAGGAAGUGGAAGCGGAGGGGCUUCCUGGCGGCGAAGUGGAGGCAGUGUUUGAGCAGCUGCAGCAGCAGGUGGAGGAGGCCGCAGAGGAGGCCGCAGCGGUGCAGUUGAUAGCCCGAUUACAGGCGCCAACAUACCCUCCUUCGCACACACCCGCACAGGCAGCAGCCCUGGCAGCCGGCCCGCUGGCCAGCGCCCUGAGCCAGCACACCCGGCGUUUCUGGGCCGCGGCCGCAGCCGGCAGCAUGUUGUGCUCGUUGCUGGGUAGCGGCAUCGGUCAAUGGGAGGUGGCGCAUCGCGAGCCUGGAUGCAAUCCAUCCCCGGAGGUGGACGCCGCGCACUGGCGCGCGCUGCAGUCGCUGGCCCAGCUCGCUCUGGCAGCAGGGGCUGCUCCCCCCGACCACUCUGUUGCUGUCAGCGUGCUGCAGCAGGUGGCGGCGGGCAGUUUGCCGCAGCUGAGCGAGCGUGAUGGCACAGACCUCUCGGCAGAUGCGUCGGCCGCGCUGCUGCCAGGGCUGAUCCAGCUGCAGGUGCCGCCAGCCCCUGGCCGUUACUGCUGCUCUCAGGACCCUUUUGCGCUGCUGCUGGCGCUGGCGGUUGCUUUGGUCUCGCGGCCCAGCCAGCUGGGCGAGGUCGGCCUCAGCUGCAGUGCUCAUACCGACCCCACCGCUGUGUUGGAGGCGGUGGUGGCUGCGGUCUACCCUGUUGCAGCAGGCCAGGCCGUGGCGCUGGCCACUGGCACAGCCCAUUCGGCGGCCGAUGCAGCGGCAGCCAUGGCAGCGUCGCGGCCGUUGGCGCAGGCGCUGCACGGGGCUGGCUGGUACCUGUCCCUCGGCAACAAGACCUGCUCCGUUUGCGGCCACCUCCCCUCUGAGCCUGCCUUGUGUUUGCGCUGCGGCGAGGUGUUGUGCUGCAGCAGCCGCCGCUGCCAGGGCCCGACACGCCAGGGGACCUGCUUUGCGCAUAGCCUGGCCUGCGGCAGCGGCACCUGUUGCUUCCUGAUGGCCAAGAUGACGCGGCUGCUGGUGAUUCGCAAGAACAGGGCUACCUUCCUGACCUCGCCAUACGUGGACAACCACGGGGAGGAAGACGUGCGGCUGCAGCGGGGCAAGCCGUUGUCGCUUCAUGCCGACCGGCUACGCCACCUGGUGCAGCUAUGGCGUGGUGCGGCCUUCGACUUUGACAGCCAUGUGCUGCACACCGCCAAGUUUGCCAGCGUGCUGUGA